AUGGAUAAUGUUUCUACAGUGAGAAUUUUUAAUCUGUUAGCAUUCAAUGAGACAGCUAAUUACAGAGCUGCUUUCUUUUCUGCCACUCUAGUGUGUUACUUUGCAAUUGUAUUUCUUAAUGUCACAGUCAUCAUGAUUAUUGUCUUAGAUGAAAGCUUACAUGAACCUAUGUAUAUUUUAGUAUGUGUGUGUUGCAUUAAUGGGCUUUAUGGAAGCACAGGUUUCUACCCCAAGUUCCUCAUUGACCUCCUUUCAUCUUCACAGGUCAUCUCUUAUAGUGAAUGUCUUUGUCAGGCAUUUGUAAUGUACUCUUUUGUUUGCAGUGACACAUCUAUUCUUGCAGUCAUGGCUUAUGACAGGUAUUUGGCCAUAUGCCAACCACUUCAAUACCACUCUGUUAUGACAAAAAAGAAGCUCUCCAAACUAGUAUGCUUCUCUUGGUUAACACCUUUCUGCAUUUUCUCCAUUAACAUUAUGCUGACAGACAGGCUGAUAUUCUGUGGUACAGACAUUCAGAGACUCUUCUGUGUUAAUUGGCUGAUUGUUAAAGUUGCCUGCCCUGGCAUGGACACUCUUGUCAAUAGUGCCUUUGCAUAUACUACGCUUUCAAUUUACAUAUUUCACUGGAUUUUUAUUGUUUGGACUUACAUCUAUCUUGUUAAAUCAUGUGUGCAAUCAAAAAAGGACAAGGCAAAGUUUAUGCAGACAUGUGUGCCCCAUUUGAUCUCUUUGGUUACUUUUUUUGUAAUUGUGAUUUCUGAUUUGAUGCACAUGCGAUUUGCAUCAAAUGAUGUACCUCAAAGUUUUCAAAACUUUGUCGCUAUAGCUGUUCUCUUUAUUCCUCCAGUUAUGAAUCCUUUACUUUAUGGAUUCAAACUAUCAAAGAUCCGUAACAGAAUUCUUGUUACACUUCAUAUCAAAAGAUGUUGA